UCCAGUUUAAAAGAUAGAGAAAAUAUAAGAAUUUAUUAACAAUACCAAUUUAGUGUCUAUUGAAAGAAUUAUUUUGUUUGAAACAAUCAAGAUGUUAAAAGUGUUCAUUAUAUUGUCUUUUUGUCUAGUUUUUGGCGUACAUGCACAAAUAUCAAAUGUAAAGGAAGGAUUUGGUCCAGGAAAACAAGAUUGGGGAUACAUAAAAGUUCGUAGAUCAUCUCAAAUGUUUUGGUGGUUAUUCUAUGUAAACUCUCAAAAUAAAUCUGACAAUUUAAAUGUUUACGAAAAGCCCUUAUUAAUUUGGCUACAAGGAGGACCAGGUGAUUCUGCAACUGGUUUCGGAAAUUUCGUCGAAAUAGGACCACUCAAUGUUGAUCUGAAACCUAGAAUUCAUUCUUGGGUUAAUGAAUACAAUGUAUUAUUUAUAGAUAACCCAAUAGGAACUGGAUUUAGUGAUGAAGAGUCUGAACAGGAUGUAAAAUUGUCAGAUAAACAAAUUACUGUAGAUCUUAUACAAUUCAUGAAAAAUUUUUUAGAAAUUAAACCAAAAUUUCUAAAUACCCCUGUUUAUGUUUUGGGUGAAUCUUAUGGUGGAAAAAUGGCAGCAAAUUUUGUUUGGGGAUGGUGGGAGUAUCAACAAAAUACAAGCAAUAAAAUUAAUUUGAAAGGCAUAGCCCUCUGUAGUCCCUGGAUAUCUCCAGUCGAUUCCCUCCGUGCUUUACCACCAUAUUUAUAUAACUUGGGACUAUUAGAUAAUAUGGAGUAUAAAGAAAUUAAAAAUUUAACCAAAUAUACCAUCAAUGCAAUAAAUGAAAAUGAUUGGUUGACUGCAUAUAAUUUAUGGAAUACAACUAUUCGAAGAUCUAUUAUAAUUAUAAAUCAUAGAAACAUGUAUAAUAUUUUAAAAAUAUCUGCACCUUUAGUUAAAGCUCGUGAUUACACUACGUCUAGUAUACCACUAUGUACCAAUGAAACAGUUGAUUGGGCUACAAAAUUAGAACGCUUAAUGAACACGAAAGUAAAACGUACUCUUAAUCUCAACAAUUUUAAUAGAACAUGGAAAAUAAUAACUUGGAGCGUUUAUAAAAAGUUAAAAAAUGACAUCAUGAAGCCUACCACACUUACUGUGAACCGAAUUUUAGAAGAAACAAAUUUAAAAGUUUUUGUAUUAAGUGGUCAGUUAGAUUUUAUAGUUCCAACUACUGGAACUCUACGUUGGGUAGAAAACUUGAAAUGGAACUCUAUAAAACACUGGAAAAAUGCUACAAAAAUUAGUAUUAGUGUUGAUAACGUCGUGGAAGGAUAUGUUAAAGAAUAUGACAAAUUUAAGUUUUUUUGGAUUUCUAGAGCUGGGCAUAUGCUACCAGAAGAUAAUCCUAAAGCUAUGAUUGCUGUAUUAAAGGAUUUAACUUCAUAAUAUCCAUAUAUAAAUCUGGAAUAAUUUACAUUAUUUACAAUUGUUUUUUGUAUAAAAUAAAAAGAGUACUUUGAAAAAAAGUACA